UUGUCAAUGCCAACUGUCAAGUACUCAAACAUUUGAGACAAAAAUGUGUUCAAAUCUCGUUCGAAUAAAAUUUAUUGGAAAAAGACAUAAUUUUUUAGCCCUGUGUGUUUAAAUCAAGGUAACCCUCAGACCUAUUUGUACUAGGUCGGUGAUAAAACCUUUUAAAACUACUGCACCUAAAAUGGGAAAAGGUAAAAAGUUCUCUAGUAAAAAAAGAAAAGCUUCCAUUAAAGUACUAAGUAAGAAGAAGAAAUAUAUAAAUAAGGAACAUGAAGGUAAGAAUAAGAAAGCAAUUUUUAAUCGAUAUAAAGACAAGCAGAAAGUUGAGGAGGAGCUUGUUAAAAGAAGACAAAUGGAACGAAGGUUCCAGAAUCAGCAGACAGUUAUUUCUGAGAGUGAAGAAGAAACAGAGGAAGAUUCAUAUGGGCAAUUAGUCUCAUGUUUUAAAUGCAAUGACAAUUCUAACAUGGUUGCUGAGAGUGAUGGAGACACAUCUGGUGUGGAAUCAGAUGAUGGUAUGAACGAUACAGCAAAAUGUUCGGAGAUAGAACAUAAUGAGAAUAAUGAUCAUAGCUUGGAUGAUGAAGAAAGUUCUGAUGAACAAGAGGGUUUAAUGGAAGAAACUGUAAAGGAAAAUGAUGUGGAUACUUUGAAUGAUCCGUUUACAAAGCACCUUCAAUAUGAUUUAGAAGAUGAAUUAAUUGUUGCACUAUCAAAUGUUCCCCAAACAGUUAAAGAGACUAGUAAAAGGUGGCCAGUCCUUGGGAAUCUAGUUAUAAGCAUACCACAAUCAGUUGCAUUAUCAUCAAAGACAAAACCAAAAUUCUCUUUAUUAGAAGAAAAGGUAUAUGCAUCUGCAGCAACAGUGCCCCAUGUUAUAAACAAUAUUGAUUUCAAACAACUGUAUCUUAAGCCUCAAAUUUGCACAAAUCUUGUUUCUGCAAAUAAAAAUAAUUUAGUGAAAAGAGAUUUGGAGCUUACAGACAUAUUAACUCCACUACAAAAGGAAUUAUUUGCCAUUGUGAAUAACUACCAGGAUUUAUACUAUCCCGAGAGGACUUUUAGUAAUGCAGAUGAAAUCCGAUUUACUUAUUGUCUCCAUAUAGUUAAUCAUAUGUUAAAGACUAGAACAAAAAUUUUGAAUCACAAUGCUAAAAUAGCUAAAAGGUCUGAUUUAUCAGAAGAUUAUCAGGAUCAGGGAUUAGUUAGGCCAAAGGUAUUAAUCAUAGUCCCCUUCAAAGAUGCAGCAUACAGAGUAGUGAAGACUUUAAUUGAUUUAGUAGUGCCGAAAGAAGCAGGCCAAGUUGUAAACAAAAAUAGGUUUGAGGAAGACUUCACUGGAGGAGAGAUAAUAAUGCCCACUAAGAAUCCAAAGCCAGAGGAUUAUGAACUAUUGUUUAGCGGCAACACAGAUGAUACGUUUAGGUUGGGCCUGACCUUGACAAAGAAAACAUUAAAGCUGUACACGGAUUUCUACUCAUCCGACAUACUCAUAGCGUCACCUCUUGGCCUUAGGAUGAUAGUUGGGGCUGAGGGGGAGGAACACCGAGAUUAUGAUUUUCUGGCCUCAAUAGAAGUGCUGAUCAUGGACCAAGCAGAUGUAUUCUUAAUGCAGAAUUGGGAUCAUUUACUUCAUAUUAUGGACCACUUUCAUUUGCAACCGAAAAAGACACAUGGCACCGACUUUUCUAGAGUUCGAUCUUGGGCAGUGAAUGGAUGGGCGAAAUAUUAUAGGCAAACUUUGGUUUUCUCCUCGGUGGCGCUGCCGGAGAUAAAGUCAGUAUUGAAUAGGAAAUGUCAGAAUUACGCCGGAAAGGUUCUUGUAGUGAAUCCUCCUGAAGUGGGCAGCAUUCAACAAGUUUUAGUCCAAGUGCCGCAACUGUUUCACAGGAUUAACGCUACGAGCCCUCUAGCGGCAGUGGACGCGAGAUUCGAGUACUUCAUAAAGGAAAUACUGCCGAAGCAGCGAGACACUCUCAUGAGCCACACACUCAUAUAUGUGCCAAGCUACUUUGAUUUUGUACGCAUAAGAAAUUACUUUAAGAAAGAAGACAUCGGUUUCGUCCAAAUAUGUGAAUACUCGAAGGACGCAAAAAUUGCUCGAGCUAGAGACAUGUUCUUCCAUACUGAAGCGCACUUCUUGCUGUAUUCUGAAAGAGUGCAUUUCUUCAGGAGAUUCCGAAUCAAGGGCAUCAGGCAUAUCAUAUUCUACCAACCGCCGACAUAUCCACAUUUCUACUCAGAAAUUUGUAAUCUUAUGCAGGAAAGCAAUCAAAACAAAUAUGGUGGCAGCGACUGUAACAUGACUCUGACGGUGCUCUACUGCAAGUACGACCUGCAACGCGUAGCGGGAGCACUCGGUUCCGCCCGCGCAGCUAACAUGGCCGCCGCGGACAAAGCCGUGCACAUGUUCGUCACGGGAGACAAAUAAACGGUUAUAAUCCGCGCCAUUUAAGAAUGGAUAUAUAAAAAAAACAGCUGAUGUCGUGUUGUCCCUUUUGCACAGUACACCGGCGUCUGUACACUUGUUUUUUUGUCUUGUAAACAAUCUUUUCAUUAUUUUCUUUAGUCUAAAGUUUAUUUUAAAAACAAAAU